AUGGAGGUUAUACAACGGACUGAGUCAUUCAAAAUAAAUAACGGCCGACUGGAGUUUUCCUAUGUUCAGGUAUUUGUCCGGCAAGACGGCGUACUAUAUACCGGGAAAUGGCCGAAUCGAUUUGAUUCACCGAAGACGCUAGAAGAUCUUCGGGACAUCGACAAAGUUCAAACGGAGGAUAGAGGUCCAGAGGUGGAUCCUACUUGGUCAGCAAUUUAUUUGAAAAAGCCAGAUCUCCUGGCGUACAACAAUCCAAAUCUCGAAACGCAAAUCGCUCGCGAAGUUCAAACAUGUGAGCUUCUUCGCAAAAAUCCCCAUCCGAACAUUGCCUCUUACUACGGCUACCAAGAAACUCGUGGCCGAGUUUCUGCGCUAUGCUUCAAGCGAUACAAGUCCUCUUUACUUGAAGCAGUCAACCCUCAGCGCCUUGGUAAAGCCGCUUUCCUCUCAUCUGCGCGAGAACUAGUGAAAAGGGAUAUGAAAAAUGCGUUGGACGGGAUUUUGCCUGCCAUCAAACACUUGCAUUCCCUUGGACUUGUGCACAACGACCUUAACCCUUCGAACGUCAUGCUUGACGAUGACGGUACCUUUAUUCUUAUCGAUUUCGAUAGCUGUCGAUAUAUCGGGGAGUCUCUACGCCAAAGCAAAACGAAGCGAACAGUCUACUGGCAUGAUGCCUCUAUCGAUACCUCGCUCGAGAAAAAUGACCUUGACGCUUUUAAGGAUCUGCAGAUCUGGCUAUGUGGACCAGCCGAUGAAGAAUUCGUCUUUAAAGGAGCAACUUGUUAG